CUGCGCGUCGCCCGCUGACCUCCUGUCACUUGCAACUCAACUUCUCUGCUUCGGCUUGUGGCAGUAUCGUCACCGCCUCAUCGACGACCCAUCUCGCGCCGAUCCAUUUGCUACAGAUGAUCUAAUCGGAAACUAACCGCCACCAAUCGGUGCGAUAUUUGCGAUUACAGACCGAUCGACUGUUUGCGACUUGCGACACUUGCAAAUAUGGCGUCAAAGAGGAAGGCUUCGGCCAUGGCCGCCACCGUCUCCGAGGAACCGGUCGACCCUGCCGACGAGCUGAUGUUUCUCUGUCUUGGAGGCGGCAACGAAGUCGGCAGGUCAUGUCACAUCAUCCAAUAUAAAGGCAAGACAGUAAUGCUCGAUGCUGGCCAACACCCAGCAUACGAUGGCCUUGCGGCGCUGCCUUUCUUCGAUGACUUCGACCUUAGUACCGUCGAUGUACUUCUAAUCAGCCAGUAAGCCCCCCUCCCCCUCCCAUAUGCUGUUGGAUCACAGGGCAAGGCGGUGAAUGAACUUGGAAAUCAAAACCUGUGAUCAUGACCCUGGGUCAGGGAUAGCGAGUGCCUCUUGGCGACUCUGACACCUGAUGGAGCCUCUUGCUACGCCUCUUAUGCUAUUUCAUUCUUGUACACAGAAACAAUACAAAAGACUUCUUUCUUCCCACCUGCCUUGCCUUGCCGUCCUCGUUGUUGUGAUAGCUCUUGGCGUUGUCGCCCUAGAGAAUUUGGUGUUGAACAUGCUAAUAAGUGG